CCUCUUGGCUAUGCUUAUGUCUAGGAGGAUGAGACAGUUUGGAGGCCGCUUGGGUCUGCCAUGUUUCGAGAAGAGGGUGGAGUCGCUUGGGGCUACCAGUUUCGAGCAGAGGGUGGAGGCCGCUUGGGUCUACCAGGUGAGAUCGGUUCGGCAGACGGCCGGGGAGCGCCUCGGAGAACCGAGUGGUGGAGUCCCCCGAAGAUCGGGUGUCACUAAUGACGGUCGGUCUUGGGGUGUGGGAUCCCAAAGGUCGGAUAUCACUGAUGACGGCCGGUCUUCAGGGGGGACUCCGCAGUUAACUCCCGGAGAAGUUUGCUUACUCCAAAGUGUAAGCCUUACCUUCUCCGAUCGCCGUCGGCCGCCGAGUGAUCUGUAUGGGCCACCCUCGCCAGUGUGA